CUUCCCGUCGCCGCAAUUGCGACGCAAUUCGGGACGCUCGCUAUUUAUUCCCGUGUCACCAAAGCGGAGGAAACAGUGUCGAGUACUCGUCCCCCGGGAAACAUGAAGCAUCUUCUCAUCUUUGCCGGCGUCGCCGCCAUUUUGGUCCUCUCUGUGACCGAAGUUGCGUCGAAGGCUGUUCCGUCAGAGAUGGACACCAUGUCUACUGACUACCCCACAACUAUGAGGUCGAAACGCAGUCCUCAAGACUUACCCCCUUGCCCACCACCCCCUCCUAAUGGACCACCACCUCCAGGACCACCACCAGAUGGUGUACCGCCACCUUGUAUGCCAUCAGACAUGCUUAACGCUGGAAUGCAGGCGGCAGAAUCAGCUACGGGUCAAAUGAGACGCAAGAGAUCUCCCCAGGAUCAAAUGGGUGGCACGGGAAUGAGUGGAGGUGGCAUGGGUGGAGUGGGUGACGUGGGUGGUGCUAUGAGCGGUGCAAUGGACACUAUGGGAAAGGAAGGCACGGACUUUUUCAAUAAAGCGAUGGGCAUGGCGGGCUCUGUGAUGGAUCGAGCUCGCAACGUGAUGGGUUGAACGAAUCACGGCUGAUUCAUUCGCAGACGUUACAUUGAGGAACAGUUUGCAGUUUAUCGAUGUCGAUUGAUACGUUUAAAUAUUUGACUAGCGCAUGAUCUAUUGGAGAAUUAUUGUAGAUUGUAUUGAGGUUUCUGAAAUUAGGCUCCUAUUGACAAUGAAGAUGUAAAAUGAUUAAUGUAUUC